AUGACAAAACACAAGAACCACAUAUUCAAGUGUUUGUGUCCUCCCAAACAUGGCGGACCUCUCUGUGAAGGUGCGACAAGAAUUGUAAACUGCAACAACCUUUUUUCAUUUAUCCUGGACAAUACAGUUCAAUUUUCAGGUGACAAUUUUCCCAGACAAUGAUAUAUUUCCUUGAUAAGUGUUUUAUUUAUAUUUCUUUGGUAAACAGUUCAAGGGGCCGAUAAACGUUAUGUUCACACCACGUUCGCUAAAUAAUUUUCCAGAAAUGAACAACGUUUGAACAGAUAUAAGAUCAAUAACUACAAGGCAACAGCUUCAAGAGGUCACAGAGGAGCGUGCGUUCCCUGCUAGCAGAGCUGUCUCUCCUCGUCGUGAGAGACUGCUAGCAGGGAAGAGCGUGCGCAUCUGCCAACCGUGAAUAAGUCACACAUUGCCGUUUUUCAGCAACUGCAUUUUUCAUGUAAAAUUUGGGCAAAUUUUUAUCCUGCGUUUGAUCCAACAAAAAUUGUCGAAAAGAAUUUUCACACCAAAAUUUCUUAAAGCAGUGACCGCGUCCAGAACACGUGUAACACUCCAAGUAGAAUAAAUGUUCAGAUUAGACGUCUUGGAGGCUCAUUUAAACAUUUAGAAGCCUACAUAAGUUAAGCCUUACUGAAAGAUGUACCAGCGCAUCGUGUGGUAAUUGCACAAGUUUGGAGUCUGUCUAGGAGGAGAGGAGUUCUCAUUGUAGAGUCAAAUGUAAUAAAUGACUGAAAAACGAAAGGGAGCAAGCCCAGGUGUUCCUGACUGAGAGAUAUCUGUAUCUUAAAGCUUGUCAAGAUUGAGCAGUAGAUUGUAAACGCGACGACUGAAUCCUUUACGAAUUUAAGCUGAAAAUUGAUAGAAAGCCAAUAAUAAUAACAAAAUAUAUGUAUGGUUUUUUUACUUUAGUGUCCGUUAAUAUAAUCUUCAAUCAUUGUGCUCUUUUUUGGUGCAAUUACUUCUUUCAGAUACAUUAUUUUGCUACUGUAGUCCGUGUAAAAAUGGAGGCACGUGUGAGGAACACGUAAAAGGUUAUAAAUGCAGAUGUACACCAGGGUUUGAGGGACAAACUUGCGAAGGUGAGGACAUCUCUUCCAUUUAUAGCUUUGUAAGAGUAUUCACAUUUCAUCGAAAUCAUAUUUAUAAGUUUGUUUAUUGUGAAUAGGUCUUGCAACAUCCAUGGCUAGUAUAGGAGGGAUGUUUUACUCCGGUUUUUUGGGGAGGAUUCCCAUUAAGGUGGGGAGGAAUAAAUUAACGCCGAUGACGUCAUAGGCUAUUGUCCUCAUCUCAUGAAUAAAAUGUGGUGGAUUUAAUUAAGUAUACUGGUUUGACCGGUUUGUCAGGUUCUAUUUUUAGCCUGGUUGAUAUAACUGGUUUAUUUUUGUUUUAUGACAUAACCUAUUGUCUUGAACUCAUGAAUAAAAUGCGGUGGAAUAAAUUAGCGUCUAUGUCGUAAUACUCUAUUGUCUUGUACUCAUGAAUAAAAUGAAGGGGAAUAAAUUAGUAUCUAUGUCGUAAUAACCUAUUGUCUUGAACUCAUGCAUAAAAUGCGGUGGAAUAAAUUAGCGUCGAUGACGCAAGAGUCUUUCGUCUUUAUUCAUAGUGCGGUGAUUGUAGAAUCUAUUCUAUCUUUCAAAUAGAAGCGCGCUCUCCGUUCAGCAUAUUACUCUUGCAAUCGCUUUGCUAAGGAAACAAGUUCGCUUGCCUAACUAAAAAUUCGGUUAUAAACAAAACUCAGACGCAAAAAAUGGAGCUCAAACUCUUUAUUUCAAUCUAUUGCAAACAGUGCUCUCUCUAUAAAAUUACUUUAUCUUGAUGUCUUGUUACACGCUCUGUUAACCAGUAGUAAUUUGCAUCUGACUCAUGCCUCUUUUGUGCUCUCGCAAAUUAAACAAUCAUGCUUAAGUCCUCCAACAAAAAGAUAAGGCACCGUUUCAUACACAAUUGUCAGGUCUAUUGAAAAAUAAAAUAUUCCUCUGCAAAGUGCAUCGACAACCGUUUAAUUAAUUUGUUAUUGGUCUAUCGAGCAUUCGUUUGGUUCUUUUCUAGGAAAGAUCUUACGCUGGGAUCGUCCUUGUGUAAAUAAAUCCAUUUCGAUUCUCCAUGGCAAUAGUAUCUUAUUUUCACAGGCCAGUAAUUUCCAUACGAGUACGAUGGAAGAUACGGAUCAUAAAGAUGUCUGGCAAUGCAGUACAUUUCCGUGAUCCCAAAGUCUUUUGGUAGGGUUUGGCAUCGGGGCGCUCCUUGCAUAUAGUUUUGUACAACGGGAUAGGCUGCUUCAGACCAGACUGCAUGAAAAGGAAAUGGCCGUGACCUUUUUACAAUUGGCGGGGAAGAUUUGACUACAGGAGGCGAUUUUACUGCUGAUCUAGCUUCGCAGGCAAUGUUUUCCUCGUAACUGGUCGUUUUGACGGUUUCGACCGAUUUUGCGGAGCUGCUAAUAGUCGGAUAUCGACGACGAGAGCCGAAAAUGUCACUCAAUACUUGCUUAUUUGCCGCCGUGUCCGGUUUAUUAUCUACAAAGAUGUAACCGUAAGGCCUCUCUGUUUCAUGAUAAUAAGCUGUCAUGAAUCGAUAAUCAAACAUACGCUCAGCUGUCCGAUUUGUUUCCGAAUCGUUGGCGAUUCCGACUGAAACAUACUUGGGGCAUAUUCUGAAGGAGCAGUACGACGCUGGCAUUUCUAUGGCGACCUUGGGUAAACAAACGAGAAACGAUGGGGCUUUCGAUCGCUUCUGCCAUUAGAUCAUCAAAGAUGAUAACGUUGUUGUAUUUUGGGUCAAUUUCUCGCAAAUCUUCUUGAAAUGUGGGAAGGCCACGAAAAAAUUUAAUGUCCUUUCCGAUCGCUGAUUUCAAAGCUUCGUAUCUAUCUUGCCACUGACUGUAAUACCAUAAAAUACGGUUUCGUAGACAAUAGGAUCUCUCGUUAGAAUCUGUUCUACGAAAACCGUUUUCCCUGAUUGACUUGGUCCAACCACAAGGAGUGAGAACUUAUGGCGAAACAUAAAAUCUGGAUAAGGCUCGGUUGCCAAGGAAACAUCAUGGGAAAGCUUUACCUUCUUCGCAGUAGAAGAAGUUUUAGGCGUUUCGUUUACUGGUCUUCUUCUUUUUCUUGGUUCACAUAUUUUUCUCGUGGAACUAGAUGAACAACUAGGUAAGUCGACACUUGUAGAAAUAUAUUCUCUUUUUGAUUCCCAAGAAACCUUAGCCUCUUUUAAGAGUCGUGUUCGUCUUAGCCCGGUUAAGUCAUGGACAAUUUCAAGAUGAGAACUCAAGUUGGACACACCAGGUUUGCACAUAGCGGACAAAUUCGAGGAAACGUUCGAGGCAUGACUGCUUAUGAAAAAUGACUCACAGUUAACAGAAUCAUUUAAUAUAUAGUUAUUUUACAAUGGUGGGGAGUACUUAAGAGAAUUCAGGGGUACAGGAGGGGUACAGGAAGGGUACAGGAAGGGUACAGUAGGGGUACAGGAAGGGUACACAGGAAGGGUACCGGAAGGGUACAGUAAGGGUACAGGAAGGGUACAGGAGGGGUACAGGAGGGGUACAAUGAAAGUUCAUUUCCGUUGUGCUUUGCAGCCGUGCCUCCAUCGAUAGCUAUAAAAGAAGUAAGCCGCUGUUUCUGAUUCAGUCAGUUCUUAAACCUCGUGCAGUUCGGAUCACAAUGUUCAGCAAUUAUAAUCAUUUCGUUCAAAAAGGAUAUGGAAAUUUUGAAGAUGAUGACGACGAUAUUGAAAGCUCACAAGAAAGCGAACAAUCAUCUCAAAGUUCUCAAUCUAGCGAAGAAAUGGACUCUUCCGGAGAGAAGGAGGAGGAGCAUGUAGAUCCUUGGUCACCCAUUCAAAAUGAAGUUUGUAAUCGCCACGAAGCCCAGCUCGAAGCUCUGAUCAACGAGUAUGAACAAAACGGAGACUCGCCUGAAGUGGCCCGCAUUAAAACUGAAAAUGCUUUGCUUCCAGUAUAUAGAAAGGAAUUGAGAAAAGUGUUCUUAGAGUUUUUACAAUGGAUGCAUGCAAUGAAGAAAGAUCCGACAUUCCGAAAAGUGAUGGAAACCCGCCAAGAUCUCAAAGACACAGAAGGAUAGACAGACAGAACUUGCCAUCGAUAAGCGGAAAUUCUUACUCAAUCGAUUGUUUGUCAAACAAACUGUUCCCGAAGACUAAGCCGGAACUCUGUCUAUUCAUCUAUUGUUGUAACACUUUGAUGGUUUUGUUAUCAAUAAAUGUAUUUUUUAACCGAAACAAAGGUGUGGUCUGGUUGUAGCACGCGCGUAUUAAUCCCACCAUUGUUUAUAUAUAAUUGAGUUGAUUCCCUUGGAUAAUUUAUGCGACAAUCGUUCAUGUUGGCUCAGUGUAUAUUAAAUUAGUUUGCGAUGAAUAAUAAAAUACAGUUCGCUUGCGUUCGUUUUGUUUCGUAUGAUACAGGUCUAAAAAGAAAAAGGCCAACCUGUUAAUGGUUAACGCUCGAUACCACAGUCUAGAAACGUUUGAAGGUUGAAUUAUAUUGACAAAACAGAAUCAAUGGUUUUGUAGAAUAAAAAUAUUUAUCUUUGGUCACAGUGAAUAGUUUUAAGUCGAGUACUGUUUUCGGACCGUUGACUAGUAUGUUUGGAAGCUAUCCGCUCAAAAAUAUUAUUUACUGGAGUUUGUGAAAAUAAUAAAAUGCUGAACGGAGAGCGCGCUUUUAUUUGGAAGAUAGAAUAGUAGUCUAUUCUCACCUGUCUCCCUCACGCCUAUUGUUGAGUAUGGGCACCAACAGUCUCGUGUUGAAGAUAACCCUAAAAUACCACGGCGGAAACCACAAAAACCGCACAAACGGAUGCCCAUCCUCAAAACGAGAACCCCAAACUGAAAACCCCAUCCUGACAAAAACAGAAAUUAGGAACGAGGAAACGCAGAAACGAAGUCUUUUAAGCGAUUAAGAUCCGCAUAUAAAGUUGUGGAGGCGGAGGCCGCCAACUCGUUUGAAGACAAUAAGUCAGAAGGAGAUCCUUCACGAAGAACUUCAGCUAACUUCAUGUAGUAAAGGGCAGUACCCUUGUUGGACCAACCCACGUGGGACAUCACAUCAGCGAGCUGUGAUCCAGACAAAGCGAGGGUAAUGGCGGAGCCCGAGCGGAAACCGUGCAGAGUCUGGCCUUCAUCAAUUUUCGCGUCCUUUAAAUAAAAUUUUAAGCGGGCUUCUGCGGAAGAACUUGUAAGGGGCUUAUUGAUGAUAUGACCCUGGUGAUUAGUGGGGCGAAAUAAGUAGCCGUUGGAGAGAGUUAUGCGUAGUUCUGAGGCGACAGCCACAUAUGUUUCAAUUGCCUUGACCGGGCAAAGCUGGGGAUUUGAAUGGCGACGAAUUCCAAAGACGUUAUAGGCGCCGUCUCGUAAAGUUUUACCCCAAACAUGAUUAAAUAAAAAGCCAUCGUCUUUAGGGAAACGCAUAAUUUCUGCGGUUUUCACACAUCCCAGGUCAGAACCUCUAUCCGCGCUGAAGAAUAGAGUUUUAAAGAAUGCUUGAUCUCGAGCUAGAAUAAAGAGAGCGGAAGGGCUGACUGCCGGGUCCGCCGUUUUUCUAUCCCAUAACCUUGCCAGAAGUAAGAGCUUCGGUAGAAAAAACGGGACUGCUUCCUUGGGGACGAUAUGAGCACGCAAUUGUUCCUCAGAUACAGCCUUAAGAUAACCUUGGACUGGAGAAGAAGCAGCAGGAUUACCAAAACCUAGCAUACUAUUCCAUUCGCCAGAACGGCCGGCCUCGUUAAAUAUUGCACGAAGUUUUCCAAUAUAGGAAUCCACGGUUUUAAACGCGAGUCGCUUGGGGCAACCGCAAUCAGAAGCAUCUUGGUUUGGGGCAUUUACACAUUCAGCUACAUGGACAACCCUUUUCCCGUGACGAUCUUUCCAAAUCAGAAAACGCGAAACAUCUUCGGGGGUGGCGGAAUAGAUAGACUUUGUAUUAGGCAAAGAGGCUAGAAAGGUUUCAAACUCCACGCGCAAAGAGGAUUUUUGCUUUGAAUACGAAGACGUGUUGGCCGUUUGUGUAAGCUGUUGCAAACGAGCAUCAACGGCUGCGAGAUCCACUUUUAUUUUCGAGGCAGGCUGACGUGGGACUGACUUUCUUUUGUAGCCACACAUUUGGCAAAAACGAAACAAAUGGUCGUUGGCAGAAGCACAUGAAGGGCAAGCUACAACGGGGAUAAAAAAACCGCUGUACUUGUGGGAGAUCCUAAUAGGGAAGACAGAUGAAAGACUAAGUGAGAAUAAAUACCAAAUAUAGUUGAAAAUAACUAAAUAAAAUCAAGGAGAGACGAAAAGUACAAGACUCGAUGACUUUAUUGAAAUUACAUCUUAAUGACAGAAACACAUCAAAUGCAACAGCAAAAUGGAUUUGCUUGCUUGAUAAUCCUUAAACAGUAUGAAAUACUGCGAGUCUAAUUAUUUGAAAUCCGGAAAACCCAAAGGUCCCAGGGGAUCGGCCUGUCACCAAAGAUACCAUCCCUGGAAGGGGUGAGAAGAACGCCACUAGCCCCUUUAGAGGCUAGCAAGGAGCUGGAAGAGCAUGCAGACAGAAGCAAAGGCCACCAAAAACGACGUGGGAUCACGUCUGGGACAACAAGGGUGUAUGGCAACUUAAGGCUAUUAAGAUACUUAAAGACCUUGGGAAUAAGGCAAAUGGGCGGGAAAACGUAAGGAUUCGAAAAAAUCUCAGGUCGAUACAAGUUAGGGGAUUGUGCAAACACAUUAACCCCCAAAGCAUUAACUAAAGGACUUUCAGAAAAAAAUGGUAGAGGUUUGCCAGAUAGGUCAGUUUGGACAUUUGAAGCUCGUGCCAUAAGAUCAACGGAGUGACCUUUAGGACCGCCAUACAGACUUUGGACCAACUCCCACGUUUUUGGACUAAGUCUAGAGUCCUGAAAGCUUAGCCGACGGGAGGGAGAAUCCGCAGGGUUCUCAGCGCCAGGAACAUAGUAGACACGCAGAUCAACGUUAAGAUGCAUAGUAGUUUGAAACAAGCACUUAAGAGCGGUUACCAAAGAGUGGGAACGGGAACCACGCCUGUUCCAAGAGUGAAGCAAAACCUGACUGUCAACAAAUGCAUCCACCCAUGAGUUUCUGACCGUAUUCCCAAAGGAUUGUAAGGCAUUGUUGAGGGCAAGAGUUUCCUUGGUAGCAAUGUCGGCCCCAAUAACAGAAGAAUCCCAGUAGUCGGAAGUGCUAACAGUAAUGGCACCCGGACUCAAUACACCUCCCCAAGCAAAAGAGGAAGAAUCCGAGAACAAACGAAAAUGGCAGUGUUUCUCGGAACGCCAAGGAAGGAAGCCGUUCCAGGUUUCCAAAAAGAGCCAAUGCUCCAACUCCUGUCUCAAGGGCCCGGAUAGUUUGACCGGUCGAGAUGAGCGCACAGCACGAGAAAGGGCCAAGUUAAUUUCGUUUGUAUAAAGCCUUGCACCUGGCACGGCCAGAACCAUUGAAAUGCACUUCCCUCCUAACCUUUGGAGAGUAACCAGGUCGAUGGAUUCUGAACUAAGAGCCUGCUUGAGAAGAGUAAGAAACUUUUUUUUCUUGUGAGGCAAUAAAAUGAAGGCCUGUUUCUCAGAAUCGGAAAUAAAACCCAAGUAAGGGACUUGCUUGCAAGGUACCAAAGUCGAUUUAUCCAAACCAAUAAAAUAACCGAGGGAGGAAAGGAUAAAACACGUAAGAAAGAUAGCAGCGUUGGCUAAAGCCAAAUUAAUGCUAUCCUGGGAGGGCAAAUUUUGAUAAGCAACCGGAAGACAACCAUUAGGGAAAGAAAGCUGACUACUGUGACGGUUGUCGAUGUACAGCGAAGAUGGAAUGCCAAGCGACCGUAGAUAAUGAGAGGCAAGGAGGCCAGUGGAGUGAUAAAUGUAGGUGGACGAUUUCCAACCAAAUGGAAUACAACAACUGACAAAAAACCAUCCGCCCCACUCGAAUCCAAAAAAUGUCCGGCUGUCUACUGAGAGUUGGAUAUGGUCGUAACCGGAUUUGUCAUCGUAGACAGUUUGAAAGAAGCCAGGGAGAACAUACUUGGGUAAGUGCUGAACACUGUCCAAUUUAAAAGGGCGGUCUUGAGUCCAAAGGUUGAGAAAUCUGUCGUCAUUACAAAGGCGUGGUUUGGUAGGUUCUACUGUAAGCGGCAUGACCAGGUGUGGAGGUGGACAUUCCCCUACCUUGCCCCAGAGGGAGAUGGCGCCUGAAGCUAAUCUCUCGAUAAGAGUAUCAGAAAUAAACUGGGCAAACGCCUUACAAGAAAGAGGAUUAGCAAAAAUGCGAGCAGGCGGUCUGUCGCAGUUAUAAUUGACUCCCUUAUAGCUUCCUUUAUAAUGGGUAAAAAACUUGUCAACGUGGAUAAAGUUAUGAAUCCAGUCCAGUACUUCAGAGAAAUUGUUAUCAGACGAUUGAAAUAACUUGUCCCAUUGAUCUAUAUGGCGAUGGAGUUCACCCGCUCUAAAGGAACUUGAGUCACGGAAGGCCAAAAGGGAGGCGUCGGCAAACGCUUCUCCCGCGAUAACUGAGGAGAUGAAAUCUUGACUAAUAUGGGCGUUGUCUGCCAUUUCCUGGGCCUCAGUAAGAAGAGAUCCCUUAUAAUUGACCCAACGUGGCGAGUUAACAGAAAUCUUGACAGGAUCAAAGUUGGGAGUCUUUUCCCAGUCAUGAAAAGGCAUCUUGAAAAACUAGAACAGAAGAAAAAAUAGGUAAGGCCCAGGGAAUGGCAAACUCAGCCCCGGUAAUCCGAGAGGGAACAUUCGUUCCCCUUGAGAAUGCCACCCGAGGGAAGAAGAAAGAGGAGCGAGAACAAUAUAGCGAGUGGACAACAAUACAGCGAGUGGAGAACACUAUAGCGAGUGGGCAAAAUAAAAUAUAUAAAAAUAUAAGUCGGUAUUAAGGGAUAAAAGGGUGAAGGAUUAAAGACGGUAACCCCGAAAUAAAAAAAAAAAAGGAAACAUAAGGCAAGUAAAAACAAUGCACUAUUCGCCUAAAGGAAAAUCUUUAUUGCAUAAGAUGAUACAACAAAAUUAUGUUGAAGGAUGGUUAAAUCGAGGCUGAGCAGCAGAAGAAGGCUGACGAGAAGGAGCGCGCUUCCAAUACUGGGGUGACUUAUGCCCUGGUUCACCACAUUUGUAACAAAUAACGCGAGAGGGUGGCCGUUGAUAGGCUUGAAAAUACGGUUGCCGAUAUGGCAAACUUCCUCUACGCGUCUGUGUGCGAAAUGGUGUGGACCGCUGGAAAGACUUGUCAACCUUCGAGAUCGUUUCGAUAACACGGGAAAAAUCCUUGUCAGCUAACAAAGCAAGGAAAUACGCCUUGAACUGCUCAGCUGGGAGGUGGAGCUUCUCUCUCAAAGUCGAAGCGAUAACAUCAUAGCUGGCGGCCUUGGGGUGAUUGGAGGACUUUGCAACAGAAGCUAAUUCUUCGGCGUAACGAAGCGCUUCGUACUUGUCGAAGUCCUCAACUCUUCUGCCACCAUAAUAUGAAAUUCUCUGUAUCAAUGACUCGACUGAGGUGCCUUGGGCACUUUCGAGAGCUUUAUUACGCUGUUGUAAGGCCUAAAAAAGAAAAAUGGGCAGUCAAAACUAAGCCCUAAAAGCGACAAAACAUCGAUAAUAAAAUCCAAGAAUAAAUUCAAGGCAAUAAUAAAUAAACAGCUUUUAUAAUAAAAGAUCGGGAGAGAAAAAGCAAACAAAAUUAAAUACAACGGGCAAAAUAAACUAGCCCCAGCGGGACUGCCGGUGUAAUCGAGCGGUAAAUACGCAAAUGAAUAAAACAAAAGGGCAAACAAGGAGGCGCAACAACUAAACAAAACUGUAGGCAGAGCAAAAGUAAAAGGGGGUUUUAAAGAUGAAAAUAAACAAGCAUACGAAUUCAGAAUUGCCCGCGAAGCCCACGUGAAAAGAGGGCAAAGGCUGAGAAUCAGGGCGAAAAGCAAACCAAACAAAAUUAUAGCCCGCGAGGCCCACAUAAAGGGGCAAAUAGUUUAUAACGGCGAAUAAGAUACAAAACAAAAUACGGCUCGCACAGCUGACACGAAACGAGGGCAAACGUUAAAAGCAGGGCGAAUAUUUUACAAAACAAAGUUUUAGCCCGCACAGCCUACUCGUAAAGAGGGCAAACGUUAAAAGCAGGGCAAAUAAUAUGCAAAACAAGAUUUAGCCCGCUGAGCUCACACAAAACGAGGGUAAACUUUAAAAGCAAUUUAAAUACAGUGUAACAGGGUAAACAAAACAAAAUUAUAUGCCGCACUAGCCCACACGAAACGAAGGUAAACUUUUAGAAGCAGAACGAAUAUACAAAUAAAUAUUUAACCCGCACAGCCCACAUAAAACGAGGGCAAACGUUAAAAGCAGGCGGAAUAAUUUAUCAAACAAAAUGUAGCCCGCACAGCCCACACGAAACGAGGCAAAAGUUAAGAGCAGGGCAAAUAAUAUAUCAGACAAAAUUUAGCCUGCACAGCCCACACGAAACGAGGGCAAACGUUAAAAGCCGGGCAUAUAAUAUAUCAGACAAAAUUUAGCCCGCACAGCCCAUACGAAACGAGGGCAAACGUUAAGAAGCAGGGCGAAUAAUAUAUCCAACAAAAUUUAGCCCGCACAGCCCGUAGAAAAGCGGGCAAAUGUUAAGAAGCAGGGCAAAUAAUAUACUAAGUGGAAAUGAAAAACAGCUCGCGUAGGGCAAACAACCUACAAGGUUUGGAAGCGAAAUACUAGAGAACCGGAACGAAACACGUGGCAACGAACGGAUAAAAUAAAGUUUCACAAACCUCCAAAGAAACUUCGUUUGCUUGCACUGGCGCUUGUGCAGGCGGUUGAGCUUGUUCCUCUGGCGCUACUGGUGCUUGAGCUUGUUCUGCUAACGCCGCCGGUGCUUGACCUUCUUGUGCUUGGUUUUGUAAGACAACUUGAGCUUGUUGGACUGCAUCUGCAGGGACCUGCGGGUCAGCCAUGGUAAUCUGAACAGCUCAGCAGCUUCGAGAGAAUGGCAUAACUCCUUUGUCUACUUUGCCUUUUAUACGCGCGAGGUAGCACCUCUGAGAAUAGAUUCUACAAUCACCGCACUAUGAAUAAAGACGAAAGACUCUUGCGUCAUCGACGCUAAUUUAUUCCACCGCAUUUUAUUCAUGAGUUCAAGACAAUAGGUUAUUACGACAUAGAUACUAAUUUAUUCCCCUUCAUUUUAUUCAUGAGUACAAGACAAUAGAGUAUUACGACAUAGACGCUAAUUUAUUCCACCGCAUUUUAUUCAUGAGUUCAAGACAAUAGGUUAUGUCAUAAAACAAAAAUAAACCAGUUAUAUCAACCAGGCUAAAAAUAGCACCUGACAAACCGGUCAAACCAGUAUACUUAAUUAAAUCCACCACAUUUUAUUCAUGAGAUGAGGACAAUAGCCUAUGACGUCAUCGGCGUUAAUUUAUUCCUCCCCACCUUAAUGAGAAUCCUCCCCAAAAAACCGGAGUAAAACAUCCCUCCUAUACUACUAUUUACUUCUUAGAAAUCGACCAAAUUAUGAUUUUUCUAAUUUUUUUUUCGGUCACAAUUUUCCCUUCAUCGUAGAUCGCAUGUCAAACAAAAUUUCUUUCUCAAUACUAUUUGAAACAUGCAUGUCUUUUGUCAAAAUGUUGGUGUCUUGUGUAAUGAUGCGUUUGUUAAUUCAACAGAACGGAAUUUUUGCAAGCCCAACCCUUGCUCCAUCCAUGCUAAAUGUGUAGAGACUCAAGACAGCUUUAAGUGCAUCUGUGAAGAGGGUUAUAAAGGAGAGAAAUGUAAAGGUAAAGAGAUACUGUUUCAUAAAUAGAUAACAGUUGAACCCACGAUUUCUGCUAUUCUCUUCACCAAAAUCACCGUUGAUAAUCAUCAUCAUCAUCAUCAUCAUCAUCAUCAUCAUCAUAAUCAUCGUCGUCGUCGUAGUCGUCGUCAUCGUCAUUAAAAUCAUCUUCAACGUAAUAUUUAAGGAAAGGUUCUACAUUCUUCUCAGUUUCUUGUAUCUUAGGGAUUUCUUGUAGAAAUGACCUGAUUUGCUUUUCAGGCGGCCAUCCUUUUCUAAUCAUUACAAGGCUUUCAUUUAUGUUUGCUGCUUUCUUUUUAUCCACACAAUGUACAUGUUUGUAAUUGUCCUAUCAAAUUUCUUUUGCUGCAAGAUGACUGUUUGCUGGACAGGCUUUACCCUUUUUUUUCAGUUAUUACUAUUUUUUAAUUUGGCCUGUUGACCUUUAUUCCAUUACUAUCCUGUAACAUUAAGGGUGGCGAAAGUGUUUCGUUUCAAUCUUAUAUGCCUGGAUAUAUGAUAAAGGUUAAGUUACAUGUAAAUCCUUAAGGGCGUUUAUUACGGCUUGUACAAUUCUUAUACUGUAGACCCUGAUGAAAAAUUCUGAAAAAAUGUCUGUACAAUUUCUUUCAGAUAUCGAUCCAUGCAACCCAAAUCCCUGUCAAAACGAUGGAAUAUGUAAAGACGUACAAGGGGAAGUUCAGUGUGAAUGCAAACUUCCUCAUACGGGAACAUUCUGCACAGGUCAGUUUCUCGUCACAAUAGCGUGGGAUGCCUCUUACGGUCUAUCUAGCCUAAAUACCACUAAUUGAAGCCAUCGUUUGUUUAAAUUUUGUACAAAAUCGCAAGAUUUGCAUAGCUUCAUAGGACAAGGGAAUGACUGCAUCAAUUCACUUAAAGUGUACAGUUAGUGAAUAUAUGAUUAAGUAUGAUUACCAUAUUAAAGUCUCACGAGUUAUGAAAGGCAGUCAUGACCAACUAUUUUCAAGGAUUCUUAAUUGAGGCAGACUUGAAAAUAUAUGGACGUUUUCGUAAUACCUCAGACUAGUAACUUAAUGCUCGGGUCGGACGCAUUUAUGGGCAGGUGCAGCCGUAGCCUGAGUGUUUUGCUAUCAUGCAAACAGAAAUGUGCGCCGCUGCAAAGAAAGUAGUCUUAAAGUUGGUGUAAAAGAGGGUCUCAAUGGGGUUAACUGAUAGGCGUAAAACGGCCAAAAAUUUAGUCGAUAGCCGUAAAAAUUGAAAAAUUUUAACCGUUAGCCGUAAAUAGGGUAAAAAGAGUUAACCGUAAAAGAAAUUGUUCCCUAGAUUUGCUACUUUUAAGGAAGGUACUACACUCACUUUUGAUUGCGUUUUUUAUUUCCCUGCUACUGUGGCUCCGUACGCACGUUAGGUAAAGCGCCUUUUAGGUCUUGACCAAGACCCUGGCUCCAUUUCCGCGGCUCUCUCGGGGAACUAAUUUUUUUUUCCAUAGCGAAAGUGUGGCUUCUUGCCGGGGAUUAAUAUUUGCGAUGUUCAGGAGGUCGUGCCCUCGAAACACUAGUGAAACAACACGCAGAGAUGUCACUGUUGUAAAACACGUUGCCGAUAAACAGCAUUUCCCUGUUUUUCUCUGACACUACGGUAGACAUUGCCAUGCCUAGUCCCUGUACGACGUCUUCCCACGCAAUCUCGGCCAAGGCAUUUCGGUGGCGAACUCGCUUGGACCAUGUGACCCGAAACGCAUUAGCCGCACGAAAUAAUGAGGCCUACGGACAAGGCAACGGCUGACAGUGGUUCCGUACAGUCCUUCGCUAUCAAUAAAAACACUGGACACGGGAAUUUUGUUAUUGGCCGUUUUCACACUGGAGCUAGAAACGGAUUAUCCGUCUGAGACUAGCCUAUGUACAGCCACCCCCUUCGCGACAGACAUCCUUCUCCGAUUUUUUUCUGAGGGGAGAGGGCGGCUGUACACAGGCUAUCUGGAACGGAUAAUCCCGCCUUCAAACUGUCCGUCGAAAUUGAUGGAUAAAGUCAGGCGGAUUGUUCAUUCAAAAUUAAAACGAUUCCAUUUUCAAAUUAAGACGUAUUACCCAUCUGACGCGAAUCAUCAAACGGAUAACCCGUCUCACACGAAUAAUCCGUCUCUAGUGUGAAAACGGCCGUUUCUGUUGUAAUGAAUGUCGCGCCCCGGCCUUGAGUUGGGCGUUCACGUGUGUGCUUUGCUUUUUCACAAAGAUCAUUUUUAAAUUGACUAUUGACAUUUCUAUGUGUAAAUUAAUAUUGAAAAUGGAAUACUUUAAAAAAAGUUUGAUCUAUCAAAUGUUAAAAUUUUUUCAAAAGAAUAGCUUAUUUCACAUCCCGAGAUGAUCUUAAGACCUUUAUUUUGCUUUAAAGGUACAAAAAACACAGGUUAAUUAAUAUUUAACUUUUUGAAACAAAAGAAGUUAAUUUUUAACUUUUUUGUUAACCGUAACGGAAAAAAAUUAGCCGAUAGCCGUAAAAGAGCCAAAAUUUUAGCCGAUAACCGUAAAUGCCACCACCCCAUUGAGACCCUCAUAAAACGGUGUCUUAAAUAUUUCUCCAUUAUUAUUGCCUCAACAAUACAAUAUAGGGACAGUCAAUCGAUAACUCAAGCCUUUAAUGAAGCUAUAGUAUAUAAAUUUGUCGUAUUGGUUGCAUUAAGACAGAAUCCAUUAGGAAACUGAGUAAUUUUGAUUUUCAAUGGACGAAAUCCUUGUACCGGAAUAAUUUAAAGCGCAUUGCAUUCUUUUUUUACAUUUUUCAAGGGUUAUAGAUGUAACUAGCAUGUGUAAUAACACAAAAGAAAAUUUCUCAUGGGGACCCGAGAAAAUAUAUGUCAAAUUUAACAAAAUAACAGCUUGCAUAUGAAAUUUUCAGAAUUUUACCUGUGUUUUCACAAUCCUAAUGAAAUUUGGCAUCCAUUUUCUCGGGCUCCCAUAAGAAAUUUUCUUUGGUGUUAUUUCAGGUACCUAAUUACAUGUCUAACCCUUGAAAAAUGCAACUAUUCUUUAAAUUAUUCUGGUACAAGGUUUUUGUCCUCUGAAAAUUAAAAUUACUCAAUUUCCUGGUGGAUUCUGUCUUAAUUUUCUGUAUUCUUUAUUUUUCACAAGAGACACUUGUAUGCUAUCAUAACCCUUGUCAUCAUGGUGGUAAUUGCGUGGAGAAUCCACUAGCACCUUGUGUCUGCCAAAAUGGAUAUAUCGGCCCUCACUGUGAAGGUAACAUCUUAGGCCAAAUCUUGCUUUGAAGCAACACCAAACACCCGAGGGUAAAUAAAAUCUUGUGUCCAAUUCAUUUGUGUCUCUUUACAGGUACAUACGCCUAUAAAGUAGCCAGGUAGAGUUGAAUCUCGAUUAUCUGGACUCGUUGGGACUUCAGUAAAUACAGUGUAGUCCAGAUAAUCGUAGAAUAUGAAUCAAGUUAAUGAGACAAUAAUGAGACGGGGUGCGGCGGUAUGCGCAAGCUAUAUUGGUUAAAUGCUUGAAUAUAUAGAGAAUACUUCAUGGAAAGUGUAGGCGUACGGUAUUACGCACGAGUUGUUGACGUAUCAGAAAUCGAACGAGUGAGAGCAGAGAACGAGUAAGAUUUCUGAUACAAAAACAACGAGUGCGUAAAUACCGUACAAAGCACUUUCCAUGUGGUAUUGUGUUUAUUAUAUACACACUGAGACAUUCAUCAUUUUGGCAGUCUUUUUAUUUUAAAUCUUUCAAAAAUGCUAAAAUUUGCCGCUACACACUUACCGCAAAAUGACAACGAAAACGAAGUAUCAGCGUUAUAGUAAAAACGUUUGUUAAAAGCAUAAAUGACUGUAAGGAUAUGAGGGAAUCCAAUAACUAUAAGUAAUCUUAACUGUUUGUUCUCAAUGCACAAUUGAAAAUGAGUGAAUCUAAGUAAAAUGGCCGGUUUCAAUACAAGCUUAACUUUAGCUUAAAUGAAAGGCAAAGUAGCUCCGACAAAAAGCACAACAAAAGCUUACGUCUCGUUCCGUUUUUCCCUUUCGCUGUUGUUUCGCCGGCUCUCUACCGUUAGCUACCGUUUUCUUUAUCGACAGUGAAACAAACGAAGCUAUUCCACUCCAUUUCCCAAAUGUUUUACACUUUUUUUAGCGAGAAAAACUCUUUGAAUGAGUACAACUUUUCUCGUUGAAUGUGUGCGAAGCGGCGCUGCAAGCUGCAAUAAAAGGGGGGAAUUUUGGCGCUUCUGAUUGGACGUAUCAUUUCUUUCACGUGUGAAAACCAUCGUUUGCUCCUCUGAUUGGCUAGAACUAAUUUGCGUACGAAAAUUUACGAGAUAGCUUUUUGGUGAGUAUUUCUCAGUAUGUAUAUGAUAAAUACUGUUAUAAAAUAACUAAGAUAGUACGCGCGUUCUGAUUGGUUAAAAACAUAUGGUUUAUUGUGCCGGUAAACUCAUAGAAACUUGAAGUUAUUUUAUCCCUUCGGCUCGUGAUUUACAACUUUUCUCGUGUUCUCCCGAAAUCCUGCGUGGUUUAUCACGCCGGUAAAGCCAUGGAAAGUGUGGUCUAUUGCUUAAUGAAACCAAACGCUAAAUGAAGUACGCGCAAGUCCUGUGCGAUAUAUAACAAGGGUAGAAACAGGAACAAAUAUGAAUUUCGGUCAAAGAAAACUUGCCGGCUCGAAAAAUAUCAUCCUCAAUACAUGUGGAGAAACAUUUAACGUGGUCAGUAAGGCGCACUGGAGCAGAGACAACCUUAUCUCAAGUAGAAAUCAAAAUCACUUGGGUGCGAAUGCAAAUAGACUAUUUCGUUUUUGUUGAAUUUACAAAGGUGCUAGGUAGUUAAAGUCAUGUAUUAACCGUAGGAAAUUCCCUAUACCCGAAACACUUAAAUUUCUCAAGCAUGUUAAGGCAUGGCUCAAGUUUUGGUCUCGAUCCCCCACGAAGAUAAAGCUGUUUUUCUUCUACGGCCAUGCAUUUUAAUUCUAAACGUUGCAAAAUCUUUCGAGAUAACUUUCUUUGAAGGCGUUGAAUUAAUUAGGGCUGAAGUGAUGUAGUCACGUGAAACGUGACGUCAUAAUGAUAUUCAAAAAGAAAUUCAAAAUAGGGUAGGAAUGGUUGAUUACAACUAAGCUUGAACCAUGUGUAAAUGUUUGUUUUACCGUACGAAUUUUUCCGUGGCCGGAACGGAGAGAAUUUUAAAUUUCUUAAAAAGAUAUUAACAGGUGAAAAGUGUCACGUGUCCUAUUUUGCUUAAUUACUAAUUAUAUGAAAAAAAGAGUAAACCAUCCUGGCCAGAUUCAAGCGAGAAAUGAUGAUACAAUAACAAAAAUACUGUAUUUAAUAUUUACUGUGUGGCAUCUCGCCACCCUAUUUUUAGUUCUCUUUUCUUUCCUUGACUCGACCAUAAGUGGUCACGUGACUCAGAUAUCUGAUUUCGUACGUUACAAGAAAAUUAAGGUUACCGAUUUUCCCGAGGUUGCCAAAUUUUCAAAGGUUCCGAUAAAUUUUAACAAGGUUAUGAUCAUUAUAAGAUUUUAUGCAAAUGAGCCUCAGGCCAUGCCUUAACAUGCGUGACAAGUUACAUGACGUCACAGUAAGAUUUCAUUAUAUCACUAAGGAUGGCCUGCUUUGCUUUAGAUCACGUGUGUCACCCGAACCCUUGCGUCAACGGAGGGAGCUGUCAGGUUGAAAGCAACACUGGGCAUCAACGAUGGACUUUCAAAUGUGAAUGUCCACGAGGGUUUAUUGGAAAACUGUGCCACAGUAUGUAACAUAUCAUGGGUAUCAAGCAUUUCUUAGGAUUUUAGGAUUCGGUCUUCCCCUCUAUUUUCAGAAACGCUUGAUCACCGAUAAGUACCAAACUGAUUCUACAAGAAGACCUUAAUGUUAACAUCGAUGAUUGAACUUUUUCAGUUUUGAUGAAUAUUCCCCGUGAGGUUUUCUUAAAUAGUGUCAUUUGUUAUAACAGACAUAUUUAUUGCAGGCAGUAUCAGCAAGAUUGAACUACCAGGAUACACUCAUUCUUUUGCGGAAGGUUAACACUAAAGAGAUAGGCUAUCUAUCGGGUUACAUGUACAGUAGGUCGAGAGAAUCUAUUCUGUAUGUGUAGUGAGUGGCGACGAGGAUGCGAAGACAGGCAUGCUUGUUCAUAAGAAGCUAAAAUAUUCUCAUAUUUCUAUUCGCAGUUCCGCAUCCAUGUUUAGACUUUGUGUGUUUAAAUGGUGGAACCUGCUUUGACGGACAAACUACACAAGAUGUAGCUACAGACUUAGAACUGACUUCUCGACCCUUGAUGAAUGCUGUCUGCCACUGUUUGCCUGGCUUUACAGGGAAGAGAUGCAUAAGUAUGUAAACUGCGUCUAGAAUGUCUUGCUUGCAUUGGAAUCGUUCCUGAAAUUGGGAAAAGAUGUAUCACUGAAUAGGACAGAAAAUUUCCACUAAAAGUUGUGAAUUAAUAACGACAGGAGCCGAUUGGAGGCUGCCAAUGGUAAAACAACUGCAAAGAGGAAGUAUAUCGGUAAAAUUUGAUGGGUUGAAGAAGAGAGAAAGCAUUAACAAUCGAAUUGAUGGUUUUCCUGAGGUGCAAAGGUAUUUGAGAUGGCCGCUUACAACAGUUUGUAACAGUACUGCAUUGACGUAGAAUCUUUGUUUUGUAAUGGUAGUCCCUUUGAGUGGUGGUACUUUACGAGAGGUUGUCGCACACAGAAGCCUGUGUUCAGCCUCCCCCCUACCUAUAGUUUGAUGGGGAAGGUGGCUGUAUACAUGCUAGAGGGAUAAGGUCGUAUUGUCCACAUGUAACCUGCGAUCAGGUCUAGUUUUAGAGAUAUAGGGAGGGUAUGAUCGAAAGCAAAUCCACAUGUUGGCGUAAUAAAUGUAGAAUAAUUUUUGAUUAUUUGGUUUCUUUCGCUUUUUUAGCCAAAAUAUGUGACAUGUGCCACAUAAACGCUACUUGCAUCAAUAACCGUUGUGUAUGCAACGCCGGCUUCAUUGGAAAUGGAUUUCAAUGUGAUGGUAAGCAGAGUAUUAUACACAGUGUGAAGAGUACAUUUUUUCAAGGUAACACGGUAGACUCAAAGAAUGGCCCACUGCUUUGAAGGCAAAUUAGACAUACUAGACAAAAGGAAUUUCUUAGAAUUUCGAAAUUUUGUUUUUGUUACCGUAAGGUGAAGGUGUCGUCUUCUCACGAAUUUUAAUAUGCUAAGGUCAAAAAGUAACUGAAGUUAUGAGUAACAGUUGGCAAGACUUAAUUGUGGACCCAUAUUCUUGCUACUGAUUGAUUUACUACCUCCCCUUUAUCAAACAGCUGAUUAACUAAUUUCCUAUAUGUUAUGUCUUCUGUGUUGACUCAUUUCAGGAAUCGACGACCCGUGUAAGCCAAAUCCUUGUAAGAAUCUGGGAGUUUGUACUUUGGGACCUGACAGGUCUUAUACAUGUGAAUGUAAAAAGGGAUAUUGUGGGCCACACUGUGAAUGUGAGUUAAAAAUAUAUUUUUAAAUGCAUUUCAUAUGUUCGUUUUAUGCAUUGUAAGCUAAUCGUAUUGAUCGGUUAAUUGGAUAACUGAGCCCUUUAGUUUUUUUUGUGAGAAAGUUGUGCCACAAUUUUUCUCACGUUCAAUGAUAGCGCACAACAAUGUCGCUGGGUGGUAAAUGCACUGAUGAUUUCACAAAUGGAAAUUCACAUUGGAGGGAAAAUAAGGACAGUUGUAUUACAUUUUAUGAAAUCUUUAACUACAGAAUCGUAAGUUUUUUUCCAUAUAAAGUUCACAUAUAUACUUCUCUUUUCUCUUUGUUUGUCAACGUGGCAUUUUUUUAACAGCAUUAUGCGAUCCUUGUGUGAGCAAUCCCUGCCAAAACAAUGGAACAUGCACACCACAUGGCAAUUCCUAUGUUUGCACGUGUUCACCAGGUUUCACAGGAGUUAACUGUGAGCGUAAGUACACCAGCAUCGUUGUGGCGUGCCCAUUAAACCUUCUUUACCAUAGCAUGGGCCGUUACGUGUCUAAGAUGUUCUCAUCGUACCAGCUAGACAAAUUUAUACAAAUUUAUAGCAGUUUGAGGCUACAUUUACACUAUACUGGAUAUAGCUUAAAAAAAUACUCCUACCUAACUAUGAACACCUGUUCACACUGCAGCGAAGAGUGUCACAGAAACCUAUUCAAUAUGUGUUGAUGUAAUUUCAAGACCAGCACGGCGCAACAGGAAUUCUUCGCUUCUUUUAGAGAGACCUCUCCGAAAUCACCCUUCUUAGCUGUGAACAGAAGUCUUUACGAAAUGGCUUUUGUCCUGGACAACGAGAUAUCCAUGGAUAGACAUUUUUUAGCCUCAUAAAUUACAUGAGAACUGAAAAUGCAUAUCUACUUAUAUAAUUUUUUCAUUAUUCCUAUUUUUUUAACAGUAGUUUUAAAUUGGGUAAUUCAACCAGUAAUUAAAGUUUUAAAUAGCUUAGAAAUAAAAUUUUUGAUUUUCACACACGUCAGUUUCUAUCAGUUACUCAAUUUUGAUGUGUAAACUUGACUAAUUAUUGUUCUUUCAGUUACUUUAGCAAAUCCGUGUGAUUCACAGCCUUGUUUGAAUGGAGGAACGUGUGAGAAUGAUUUAGCCAACAAUGAUUACCGCUGUUCCUGCAAAGGAAAAUUCACGGGAAAAAAUUGUCAAGGUAUUUGACUUAUUACAGUCUUUAUGGUGUAUAUACUAGGAGUAAUCGGAGCUUAAGGGAGUGCGUUCGAUAUGUUUGUAAGGCGUACAGGUAGCAGCUAGUUGAGGAGGAAGGGUGGAUGGUUGUUGCGAUAGAUUAAACCCGGUUUCCAUAUGAUCGCUACGAUCGCUGUGAUCGCUGAGAAAAAAAAGUUCAGCGAUCAUAUAGAAACCACUCUCCAGCGAUCGCAGCGACAACGAUCGCUGAGAAAGAACUUUUUACAUCUCAGCGAUUGUUGUCGCUGCGAUCGCUGGAGAGUGGUUUCAUAUGAUCGCUAUGAUCGCUGUGAUCGCUGAAGUUUUUUUUUUCUCAGCGAUCCCAGCGAUCACAGCGAUGGUAGCGACCAUGUGGAAAGCGGGCUUUAAUUUGAUCAUGGCAUAUUUUAAACGUAAGGAUUGCUUGUAGCGAAACCUCUAUUUAAAGUGUGUAUCAUUAUGAAAAAGCCUUGAAGGCUAGUGAUAUCGUAUGGUCCGUCUCAAUUAGUGCAGUAGUUUGGUCGAGUGUGUUGAUUUCAGUGAUUUGAGUGGAGCUACUGUGGGCUGUUUAUAAGUUUUUCCGAAUAAAUAACAUAGGCCUAAAAUGUUCGUUUGUCCGGUGCCGAAAAUAUCACAAGUCGUGAUGAAACGGCGCCGCCGAGCUACACAUCUCGGUAGAUUUACUUUGUGGCACAACGGCCGCCGAGCAAACAAACGCUUGAGGAGGCACGAAUCACCACGUUCACGAGUUAGUUCGUCGAAGUGAGGUAAAACGUAAGCAAGCGCCUCAGAGCGAGGUAAUGUGGAAAAACCUCCCUUAUUAAUUGCACAGGAUACCCAAGAAUGCACGGAACACCCAAUACAAAUUAGGGGUUGCGUUCUCGUAACUCGAACGCAAUAAGCUUGCCUUUCUUAAAAAGAGAACCUUCAAUUAAUGACUUCACAAAUAGUAAUGUAGUCUGGACCGGUUAGUCCGUUUUUUGAGGCAGGAAUCUUAUUAUUGACAGCAGGAACACAUUAGCCCCGAUAACGUCAUAGCCCUUCUCUUGAUUUCACAGAUAAAAUGCGGGGGAAUGAAAUAAGGGUUCAGUCAUGUUUGGGUUGGUUUGACGGUUGGGCAGGCUUGCAGUUCUAUGAUGCCAAAGUUUAUUUAAAGUUGUGAGCGCUUGUCCUUACUUGGGCAUCGUGCCAGUUGUGGUAAAUUUACUGUGUCGUAACGUCAUUACGCAUGUAAUGUUCUCCAGCUGCCGUUCUCGCCGUUUCGUUGUCCAUAGCAGACAACUUAUUGUUCCAGUCCUGGUUCACUGAUUGUUCGCGCCAAAAUCGGGGAUAUUAAUUUUGGCGAGGGCAAACUAUUGUGAAAAACGUCACUAUUUGGAAAUAAAAGGCAUAUUGAUGUAAAAUGUUGUUUUUAGAGUGCGGCUGUCUUCAAGCUACUGCUCCUACCGGAGAACCUUUGGUUGCAAAAUGUGACCUCGACGGACAUUGUUACUGUCAAUCUUUUCAAGGUCAACAUCCCUACUACUGGCCAGAUAAAGGUUGUGGGCUUAUAAUUGACCCCGGUAAGAUUUGUAAGCUUCUAGUCACUUGACAACGAUCCACUACAUGGCAAUCCUUUUUUAUGAAAUUGUUGAGAUGGUAUUUUAAAGAACUUUAUGAAAAUUCGCUUGAUCUAGCUCGUGACGUCGAGACCUGCUAUAUCUAGAGACUGUAGAACAGGUCUGGUGCCCUACGUAGACCAAAGAAAUACGCACUGGCGAGCGAAUACAGUCAGCUCUUUGAGACGGGUUCUUGUAAUGAGGGCAUCCAGAGUUGUUCUUUUCUUCAUGUUGCUCUAAAGAACGGAUGAAUGAACUGCAAUGUCAGUUUAAGCAAGCUGGCUGUCAAGGGAGAUUUGACUCUAUCACCAAAUCAACUGAAGUAGUAAUACCAUGAAGGUAUUAAUAAUGGCAACCUAAAAAAACUAGAAUCUAACCAUAAUAACCAAUAUUGACUUAAGUAUAUACCAGGCCUUCAAAUAGCGACUUUCAAAUUUAAUGUUACCGCGUGCUAACCACACCAUCCCCUCAAGUGUAACGCACUACACUACCAUAUCAGCCCCACUUUAUUUCUUAUGCUGUUAAAGAAAAUCGCGGGAAAUGGUAGUAAGAACAAUUUUAGGCCAGGUUAGAUAUCAUUAAUACAUGAAAAGUAUUAUUAUAUUCAACUCUAUUAACUUCCUAAUUUCCCUAGAAAACACGGUUGUUUCAUCUUACCUGUUGGAGACCUAGAGACAUCUUCCUCAAAUGACCUCAAAUACCAUUUAUUAGAUGUCCGGAAAGACCGCACGAAGGUCAAGACCAAGGCUCUCAUAGGUGUUUGGGCCUGAUUUUAAUGCCCUACCUUAUAAUCUGGUUCUUCGAACUCUCGGUUUUCUCUUGCCUUGCCAGAUUCUUUUGUUUAUGAUUGCUUUUUCUUUAACGAGUUGUUUAAGCCUUAUAACCAAACAUGUUAAAUUUAUGUUGAAAUCCAGACGGAACAUUACUCCUUCAGCUUUUGAGGAUCGGAGCUGCGAAUCGCUAUAAAAUUUACUUUUCUAUGUUUUAACAAUUAAGAUAAUAAAUUAACAUUGUUUCCUCUCUGUUUAAGGUAGGAGAAAUCUAUGCAAACUUUAUCCUUGCAAAAAUAAUGGUUCAUGCUUCCUACAGAACGGUGGCUUAUCUUUUGUGUGUCUUUGCCCAGACAAAUAUUACGGGAAAACGUGUGAAUGUAAGUCAUUGUUAGAUACACUAAACAAUAAGCAUACAAACGUACACUUACACUUCAAUCGACCUUCAAUUUCAAAUUUUGUUUUACAAUGUUGUUUAAUUAACAUCGUCAAAGUGAAUUCAAAGAUUCAACUAAGACAAUUCUCUAGCCAGAUAUUGUUAAUGAAAAAUCAUAUCCGGCAAACUUCAGUAAAACCACGCUUUACAUAUGACUUGGCAGCCUUCUUUAUUUCAGAUUAUUGUCUCAGUCAGACGGUUAAUUUUUAAACGGUAGCUCAAUAUGUUUUCAAUUUUUUUUUUCUGCAGUCUUCGUUUUUAAAGAUUAUUGCCUCAGUCAGACGGUUAAUCUUAAAACGGUAGCUCAAUAUGUUUUAAAAUUGUUCUUUUUUUUUUGAAAAUUUUAGGCACUGAAUGUCUGUGCAACAAUCCGUGUUUAAACAACGGAGUCUGCGUGGAUAUUUCCACCCACCUUGUUAAAUGCACUUGUCCUAGUGGUUUCACUGGGAAUUUUUGCGAAGGUAAAAUCGGUUUACUCUUUAAAUCAUAUGCUGGCGACCACAAUAUUUUUUGUAUGAAGUACAGCUAAGUCUAUGUAAUAAUCUCUAUCAAACUAUAUAUAGCCGCAGUUAUUACUUCAGUGAUGACAUCUGUUGCACUGUGGACUAGCAAAGCCGUUACUUUCCACAUUGACUUGCAAAUGCAUUUUAAUUCUCACCCUACCAACAGCUGUCAUUCCUACUGUUGGUCCAGGAGCAUGUCACUCGAAUCCCUGUGUGAAUGGAGGAGCUUGUGUUGAUAGAGCGUUUGGGUCUUAUGACUGCAUCUGCACCCUACAAUUUACCGGACCUCAUUGUGAAGGUAAAUACAAUCACGGCAAACGUAACUGCCUUUACUGCUAUGUUCAUCUGCUAUUUGUUUCAUGAUUAUCUACAAAAAUAAUCUUUAUUCAGGUAAAAGGAUCGAUUAACAUAAAUAGAAAUGCCUUUAAAUCUGCCACCAAUUGCAAUAUCUUAAUCACAUUCCAUCGUAACUCAUCGCUUUCGCAUCAAAACUAUUCUUUCUUUACCUAUCUAGUUUAGGAAUUUCCACCGGCGGAAUAUUUGCAGUGCCGUAGCCAGACCAAACGGCCAACCGAGGCAGGCGGGAGUUGCUAGGGGGGUUCGGGGGCAUGCCCCCCCCCCCCGAGAAAUUUUGAACUUUAGUCUCUCGGAAAUGCGAUUUGCAGCGUUUUCUGGGCCUUUCGGUAACUUUUUUCGAGUUAAUUUUGGAAUUUGGAAUUCAGAAAAAAGCAAUAAUCAGGGUGACCGUUAACAUAAUCAAUGGGUGACUGAAUUAGGAAUAUCCUCGCCAAUGGUUUUGAUGAUCUUGUUUAUCUGUUCCUUUAUUUUAAAAAAUUUGCUAUGGAACUUAAACACUCCCUUUUUUAACGUGACCAGCCACGCCCAUAAUUAUGCAAAAUUUGGACUUUGCAGAGUUUCGAUGAUGACCACAAUGGGUUUUCCUUCCAUGAAUUUCAUUUUUCAAAUAAGUAUAUUAAUGGGGGAUUUGUGAAAUGAUCCAUUCUUUGUAAUAUCAUGAUGAAACGUAGUUUACAAAAAAUAAUCCGAUUGAUCUUUGUGUCAAUAGUCAUUGACAAAAAAAUUAAAUUAAAAUGAUAAAGUGGUGUAAAUUUGGAUUGAAAUAAAAAGUCAAAAAUGGGCGUGGCAAGUCACAUGACACAGACAAUACAUUAGUAAUAAUAAAAAAUGAAUGCUCAUGGGGAGUAGAUAUUGAAUUUAAAAUAUUAAUGCGAAAGGUAAAAUCCCUACUAAAACAGACCACCCCCCUCCAAAUUUGCAGUGCCCCAUUCCUUAAUUCACCGGAGCAGUAUCUGUUCAAAAAAAAUUUGAGUUAACGUACGUAGCCCCUUGAGAUCGAUGAUAUGGUAAUUUUUUCAUAGUAUAUUGACUGAAUUGCUGAAUUCUUUGUAAUAUCAUGAUGCGUUAAAAAUAUCCGAUGAUCGCUUAUGUAAAAUAAAAAUGAUCGGCGAAACACAAAAAUUUUAAUUCAAAAAUUAAUUCAGCAUUGCCCACAUAUAUUUUGCGUCAACGACUCAAUUCUUUCCAGAGAUUACGAGCCACUUGUACUGUACACUUAACAUGUCUCCUCUCAUUCCCUUAAGUUGAUAAAUGUGCAGACUGUGACAUCAAUGCGGACUGUGUAAAUGGAAAAUGCCGAUGCAAGAUGGGUUAUGUUGGAACAGGAUACGCAUGCGUUAAAGGUAAUCUAGCUGCUACGAACUGA